AUGGCCUCUAUUAGCGCCGCUCGCCUGGAAAAAAUGUUCCGCAUGCUUCCCAACGUAGACGCAUCCAGCAUCAAGGGCAACCUCUCUGCAGAAGAAAACCAAAUCAAUGCCAACAUAUUCGCAUUCUACGUCUCCGGGAAAGGCGGUCCUACCCCGAUACAGAAUCCAUUCGGUCGAAGUGUUGGAGAGCACCUGCAGAUAACAGAGCUGACGGUGACGGAAGAAGGGGCGAGUGGUAGGCUGGAAAUCGAGGUGACAGAAGAUAUGUGUAACGUCUUCGGGACAAUGCACGGCGCUUGCGGUGCGUAUAUCAUUGACCACGCAACUAUCGGGACUAUGGUGUUGUAUGGCCGUGCUGCUGGCUUCGACGGUCGCGGCGUCUCUACCUCCAUGAACAUCCAUUGGCAUAAUCCCGCCAAUCUCGGAGACAUUCUGGCUGUUUUCACUGAAUCUGUACACAUCGACAACCGCGCCCGCACCGUCCGCUGCGAGAUUCGCGACAAGGAAACUCGGAAACUCAUUAUCACCGGCACGCAUUCAUUCCUUAAUGCAGGCGCAGCGGCCAAAUUAUGA